AUUACUGGCAACUGCAGCCAAACACAAACAAGAAUGCAGGCAGCUGAUUCCAGCAGAAAUGCGGUGAAGGAUUAGAAAAUUAUGUGGCUCGCCUAUUACCAGGAUGUUCCCCGGAGUUUUCUAUGCACUGCUGGCAGGCUUUCUCGGCGCCAUGGCGUCGUCGUCGGCCAAACUGUCUCUGGGAGCCGACUACCUGAAGGGAGUCUGUGAAACCGGACUCCGAACGUGGGGAGAGCAGCGGAAAUUCAGACAAGCGGAUGAAACUACCGCCUGUGACCGGCUUCAUAUUCCUUUGAGGCUGCUGUGUGGUGGGCUGCUUUUCACCUGCAAUGCUGUGAUGUGGACCUUCCUUGCAAAAGCGCUCAGGUAUUCUUCUUCCUCCACCCAAACCACUGUGACCACCACCGCCUCCAACUUCAUAUCUUCUGCAUUCUUGGGCCAGCUGAUCUUUGGAGAAACCCAGAUAUCAUUGUGGUGGGUCGGGAUCUCGCUCACCUUCUCUGGCCUCUUGGUGUUGCAGAGGGUGUCACCACAGAAUGGACAGCAGGACGCGGUAUCAAAGAAGGAUGAAUAACAUGUCUGGUCUCCACUAGCUCUGCUCAGCCUGGCCGCAGAAACCUUUUGCAGUUGUGUGUGAACAUGCAUCUCCUCCGACUAUGCAUAUCAACAAAUAACAAUGAAAUCAUAAUGCAGAAAAAA